AUGGAUUUGCUGCGCCUCCUCCUCAUCCUGCUGGCCAUGUGCUGUCCUGCGUACGGCACAUGGGACAGCUGUGGAGGGACCUGCGGGCUCCGGCCCAUGGCUUUUCAGUACGGCAUGUCGCGCGUCGUGGGUGGCACAGAUGCCCAGGCAGGGGCCUGGCCCUGGAUCGUCAGCAUCCAGAAUCCCUGGCAAGCGGGCACGGGUCAUACCUGCGGAGGCUCCCUCAUCAGCGCACAGUGGGUCCUGACAGCAGCCCACUGCUUCAUCGAGGCCAGCUACAUCACCAUGUGGCGCGUGGUGAUCGGUGCCACGCGGCUGACUCAGCUGGGCCCUGAGGCCCAGGUGCGCAACAUCAAGCGGCUGCUCCUUCACCAAGGCUACAGUAACAUCACGCAGAGGAACGACAUUGCCUUGCUGGAGCUGGACCAGCCUGUGCAGUGCAACGCCUACGUUCAGCUUGCCUGCGUGCCCGAUGCCUCGCUGAGAGUCUCGCAGCUGAAAAACUGCUACAUCAGUGGCUGGGGUGCCACGACUGCAAGAUCUGGACGAUCAACGGAUGUGCUGCAGGAGGCCCAGGUCCGCCUCAUUGAUGUCAACGUCUGUAACAGCAGCCGGUGGUACAGAGGGGCCAUCCACACGCACAACGUCUGUGCUGGCUAUCCGCAGGGCGGCAUUGACACCUGCCAGGGGGACAGCGGUGGGCCUCUCGUGUGCCAAGACAGCAGUGCAGACUACUUCUGGCUUGUUGGUGUCACCAGCUGGGGGAGAGGCUGUGCCCGAGCCAGGCAGCCCGGAGUCUACACCUCCACUCAGCACUUCUACGACUGGAUCCUGCUACAGAUGGGCCUGCGCCCAGCAGUGAGGGCUACUCCAACAGCACGCGCUUGGAGUCAUUUUGUCACCACGUCAAGCCCCGUUCUGAGGCCAAGGCCCACAGCAGCGCAGUCGGGCGGCUCCUGCCCGUUUCCAGUCCAGAAGCUGCUGGACUUCUUUAGCCGGCUGCAGGAGCUCCUGCAGUACCUAAGGGGAAAAACGGUGUGA